CAAUGUCUCUACCGUUGUCCUGUUUGUUUGAUGCUUAGGAAACAGGCGAUUGAAUGUCUCCGACAAGCAAAAGUUUUCGGAUUUCAAGAAACCCGACAGCUAGUAGAAGAAGAAGAAGAAGAAGAAGAAGAAGAAGAAGAAGAAGAAGUUGUAGCUUCAAAGGUUGUAUUUUUGACUCCUUGCCCACGAAGAAUCUUCUUCUUCUUCUUCUUUGCGUGAAGCAAGUUGAUUGGUGCUUCAACGUUGUUUGACAUCACGCCUCCCUUCCCACCCAGUGGCCAGGGGGCGGCUCUUCCCAUUUGGCAAGGAAGGCCCCACAGACAAAUUAGGCCAUUAAUUUUUCGGUUUGUCAUGUUAUUAUUAAUUAUUAUAUUUAAUAAUUAUAAAAUGAAUCCAAAAAUUAAUUAACAAUCAAAGCCUCAUAAGUCUUCAUUCAUUAAAUUAGUCAAUUUUAUCUGAUAUUUGGAGGAGGCAUCUCUUCAAUCUGCCCGGGAACUGCUGGACGAAUUUCCUCACUGUGCUUCUUCAUUCUUGUUUUUCUUGUCGGCCCACGAGAGCUCUUGGAGAUGGGUAGCUCUAGGAAUCCGAGAUGGAUCAGAACUCACAGGAGCCAGCAGGCUGAGAAGAGCGGGCCCCCGUCGGAGUGGGUGAUAGACAUCCACAACUGUCUCAGGGAAGGGAUCAAGUGCGACCUCGGGAGGUCGUGGACCAUAUACCGGGUCCCACGGAGCAUGAGGGAAGUCUACCGGAAGGCUUACCUCCCGAAGCUCAUCUCCAUCGGGCCGUUUCACCACGGGGAGAGGCACCUCCGUGCCAUGGAAGAGCACAAGAUGAGGUACUUGUUGCGGAUGCUGGGGUACGAGUUCGAUCGAGGCAAGGAUCAGCAGGAGGGUGAGGAAUCGGAGAUUCACCAUCUGGGAAUAGUUCGGCAGUUGGAGGAACUCGAGGCAGCUGUAAGGGGGUUGGAGCAGAGAGCGAGGCAAUGCUACUCGGAGUUUCUCGGUAUCGAGACUGAUGAGUUUGUUCGGAUUAUGGUGGUUGAUGGGUGCUUCGUGAUCGAGCUGUUGCGCCUCUACCACAAGUUUGAUCGGGAGGAAGACGUGGACGACCCGAUCUUCACGACUCGGUGGAUGCUGCGAACUCUUCAGCGGGAUCUGCUGAUGCUCGAGAAUCAGCUUCCCUUCCUCAUCCUUCAGGAACUCUUCAACCUAACCUCCACUACCAAAGAGCCAUCUUUGAUCGAUCUCGUACUAACCUUCUUUGACCCGUUGCUGCCGAGGGAUGCCGACAUCCCGAAGUUGGACCCAAAGGAACAGUACGACCACAUGCUCGAUGUGUUCCGGUCGAGCUUCCUCACAUCUGUCAAAGGUAAAGUUACAUCAUUUGGGUGGCAACAGCUCCAGUCUCCUAAUAACAUCUCGCUUGUUCAAGAGAGGCAGUUAAUCCAUUGCAUCGAGGAGCUCCAGGAGGCAGGGGUGAAGGUCAAGAAACGGGAUGGGUUCGACCUCCUCGACAUAUCCUUCUGCGGUCGGGUUCUUGAGAUCCCGCCUCUGUACAUCGACGACAACACGGUCCCCCUGUUCCUCAACUUCGUGGCGUACGAGCAGUGCGACGAGGAAUCAGAGCCCUUCUUCACAAACUUCUUCAUGUUCUUCGACAGUCUUAUAAACUCUCCAACCGAUGUCGACAUCCUCCACAAGUGUGGGAUCAUCAAACAUGUCCUCGGGACCAACAAGGACGUUGCUCGCCUUGUGAACAACCUCUGCAGGGAGAUCGUCUAUGAUAUGGACGAGUGCUACCUGUCGAACCAGAUGAAGGAGAUCAACGACUACUGCGAAAGGUACUACCGGAACCGGUGGCAUGUCUGGUGGGCCAACUUGGUGAAUGAGUAUUUUAGCAGCCCCUGGACUUUGAUAUCUCUUCUUGCUGCCAUCUCUCUCCUCGUACUCACAGCUCUUCAGACAUUUUACACUGUCUACCCUUACUAUAAACCUUCAUAGAAAUCACUGUCAUGCUGCUCGGCCAGUGGAUCUAGGAUCGUUAUCGCCUUCGGUUUAAUAGCCCCCAUUGCCUUCUCCCUUUCCUUCUCUGCAGACUGUAUACUUGCAGUUCUGAUUACAGAAUUGAAGCAGUGCAGUUCUGAUUACAGAAUUGAAGCAGUGGAUCAUUUAUAUAUAGCAGAGGAUUUAAUUAACUUUCCUUGUGAAAUAUAUGUCUAGAGAAAAACCAAUCUUAGGUUGUUAUAUGCAAUAUCAGUUGAACUUCUUUUUCCUCC